GUUGGGAAUCAAUCAAGUGUAAAUAGAGGUUUGACCAUUUGCCCCUGUUGUACUUUGGGCUUGCCUGUCCGAAUGAGGUUUAUAAGAGUUUCUGCUUUUUCAGCAGGUAUUGCGAUUGCUCCACAGAGGAGAGUGACAAGGAGUGGGAUCACUUUCUCUGGUUGUCCCAGGGUCACUUCCUCGAUUACGUUGAACCCCAGCAGUGGGCGUUCAAUAGUGAAGCUGCUCACAAGGAAAGGGGCACUGAUAGACAUGUUGGGGUCCUCGUUUCCAGACCCUGAUGGCCUGUCCAGAGUGUCUCCCCGUCGCCCCGCCUGACUGCUGGGAUAGGCUCCGGCAUCCUGCGACCCACAUUUGGAUAAGCAGCUUGGAUAAUGGAUGGAUGGAUGGAUGGAUGCAUAUGUUUUUUGUUAGUGUAUUGUGAGCUGUGAAAACUCUUCAGAGGUGGAAGUGUAUGUCUGCGUCAACUUCUUUUCACAUGAAGUCACCUCAACUUCCCCUGCAACUCGGCUCCGCCAGAAACCCACUCACAACUGCACCAUAUGGAGUAAGAUGAGCAAGACACCGUCUGCAGGACUUCAUUAGCUUUUAUGUGAAGAAAAGGCCGCGUGAACAUGGAGUCAGACGGACCUGAGACGUCUCACCCCGACGGAGAGGUAACUCAUCUGGGUGGGAGCUCCAGAUGUGCACCACGCUAUGGCUCCUGUGCGGGCAGCCUCUCCUCCGUGGAGCUGACACCGCUGCAGAAGCCCGCCAUAUCACUGACGCGCUCUUACACAGCCGUCGCUGUGCUCUGCUACGUCAACCUGCUGAACUACAUGGAUCGAUACACAAUAGCAGGUGUCCUUCUCAACAUCCAGAAGUUCUUCGAUAUAUAUGACAGCACGUCCGGUCUUCUGCAGACAGUUUUCAUCUGCAGUUUCUUACUUUUGGCUCCUAUCUUUGGUUACCUUGGCGACCGCUAUAACCGGAAGUAUAUCAUGAUUGGCGGCCUGAGUGUGUGGCUGGUGUCUGCCCUGGGAAGCUCUUUUGUCACUAAACCGUACUUCUGGGUGCUGGUGUUACUGAGAGCCAUUGUCGGGACAGGAGAGGCCAGCUACACCACCAUCGCUCCCACCAUCAUUGGCGACCUCUUUAGCGGGACAAAGAGGACCCUCAUGAUCGCUGCCUUCUACAUCUUCAUCCCUGUCGGAAGUGGCCUUGGAUAUAUAGCAGGCUCGUCAAUAGCCACCUUAACAGGAGACUGGCGUUGGGCUCUUACACUCAAUCCCAUCCUGGGUGUAGUGGGACUGCUCCUGCUGAUCUUCUUCUGCCCUAACCCCCCCAGAGGUGCCGCAGAGACCAUGCAUGGACAGGGAGUGAUGGGGCACAGCUCGUACAUGGAGGACGUCAAGUACCUUCUAAAGAACAAGAGUUUUGUGUGGUCGAGCAUGGGAGUUACAGCCAUGGCCUUCCUAACCGGAGCUCUGGGCUUCUGGACCCCUACCUUCCUGUCCAGAGCUCAGGUCAGUCAGGGAAUACAACCGCCCUGCACCGAAGAGCCAUGUGAUACCUCCGACAGUUACAUCUUUGGGGCGGUGACAGUGGUGACAGGCAUUCUUGGAGUGUGUCUUGGAAUGACCCUCUCCAGGUGGCUGAGAGACAAACUGCCAAAUGCAGACCCCCUCAUUUGUGCUGUGGGAAUGCUAACAUCCUCCCCCUGCCUCUUAAUUGCCAUGUUUUUGCCAUCAACAAGCAUCCCAGCUACCUAUGUGUUCAUUGCUGUUGGAGAGACGCUCUUAUCUCUGAACUGGCCCAUAUUGGCGGAUAUUCUCUUGUAUGUCGUCGUACCAAACCGAAGGGCCACCGCCGAGGCUCUGCAGAUUACCGUCUGCCAUCUUCUGGGCGACGCAGGGAGUCCUUACCUAAUAGGAGCGAUCUCGGAUACUUUAAGGAAAUACAACGCGGACACCCAUAUAUGGAGCUUCCACAGCCUACAGUACAGCCUCCUGCUCUGUCCAUUUAUCGGGGUCCUGGGUGGGCUGUUCUUCCUCAUGACCACUCUCCACAUCACCAAGGACAGGAGGGAAGCUCAGCUGCUGGUGGAAGGCGCUCCUCCAUCCCAGCCGGUUUCUGAGUCCUGAGUCGUACCUCUGAGCCAAGCACUCUGGCGAAGCUGGAAUCUCACAGUCUGCGCUGUGUUCAGAAAACCACUUGGUGGAUUAUUCAGCUAAG